AUGGAGUCACAAUAUAUAGCAAGAUAUAUCAGUAGAUCUAGUCGGGGUGGUAUAGAAAAGCCUGUAGAUGCGCGGGCGCCGGUUGUUCAGGAACUUUGCAGUUCGAGCUGUGAGUCAUUCGUUACCGAAAUAACUUGCAAACGGGCGCCGCCUACCGGCUGGGGCGGGCGGUCCGGUCAGGCUCAGUGGCUGGCGAGCCGCUGA